UAAAGUGAUUAUUAAUUUGACUAUUCACUCGUAAAUGAUGAUGCUAUCACAAUGGGUACUUGCACUAUUUUUCAUUUCUCUGGCCAAUUCAAUGGAAACAUUCAAUGGAACUUUUAGUGAAGGACUCAUUCGUCCACUUUUACGACGAAUCAUAAACAAGGCUGAUGAUUGUCAAACAUGUUCAUGUGGUGUAUCAAAUAACAACCGAAUUGUUGGAGGUGUGGAUUCGGAAGUUAACAAAUAUCCUUGGACUGCAAUGUUCUUUUCAAGAGGAAAUUUUCGAUGUGGUGGUUCUCUGAUAAAUAACAAAUAUGUUCUUACUGCUGCUCAUUGUGCUAAUCCUUCGGAAGCUUCAAAUUAUGAAGUUCAUUUUUUACAAAACAGAAUUGAUACCAAAUCAUCGAAUACAAUAACGCGAAAGAUUAGUCAAGUGAUUAUGCACCCGAAUUAUAGUGCCAGGACUUUGGAGAACGAUAUUGCCCUACUGAAGCUUGAUCAAUCUAUUCCAUUCGAUGAUAACAUUCGACCAGUUUGUCUUCCAAAUGCUCUUACUUCACACACUGGGCAGAAUGCAAUUAUUGUGGGUUGGGGAGCACAACAAGAAAAUGGAAGAGUAUCACAACAAAUUCAAGAAGUCUCCGUGCCAAUUAUAACCAAUAAACAAUGUCGGGAUUAUGGACUGAAGGUUACAGGAGGAAUGAUUUGUGCCGGUGUUCAAGAAGGAGGAAAGGAUUCUUGUCAAGGUGAUAGCGGUGGACCAUUGCAUGUUGUUAGUAAUUCGAAGUUCACUCAAGCUGGUAUUGUUUCGUGGGGUAUUGGCUGUGGUGGGCCCAAACGACCUGGAGUAUACACAAAAGUAUCGAACUAUGUUUCUUGGAUUCGAAAAAAUACUGCUGACGCAUGUACUUGCUAAAAUAUAACUUCAGUU